AUGGUAGAUGUUGUUCUCAUACAUUGCGUUAAUAUAAAAAUUUCCCACUUCGGUCGAAUUAAUGCAGUAGAUUUUAAGUCUCUAAUGGGAUAUGAAGCUCUUUCAUUAGGCUAUGGAAGAACAAAUGCGUCUUCAUUAAAGAAACCAUUACAAGUUCUGAAAGGGAUGAUAAGUAAAUGUCCUGAUAGAGAUAGUAUUAAUCUGUCUCCAAGUGCGCUUUGUCUAUUUAGGCCAUGUGUUUUGACGGCCACCAUCUGUGGAGGAGACUCUGGAGGACCUGUUGUUCAUGAAUCAGGUAUUGUGGGCGUACAUUCAACUUCAUUUGAUGAUUGUGAAGAACAUACUAAACAUUUGGAGCUGACUCCCGGAACCUCUGCAGCUAUUAUAUCACCAGUUAGCCCUGUCACCGAGAAGAUCCUUGAUAAGCAAAUAGCACGAUCUGGGAAUAACCUCGAUGAAGAUGAAGCAGAUGGUGGCAGGUCUUCGAAUUCUUGGCGGAGAGAUGCUUUUCAAGGCGAAUUUCCUUAUGUUAUCCGUUUAGAGGAGAAACUAUUAGAUUCAGCAACGGAAGAUAAAAUUAUUCAUUUUCAGCAAAUAUGCACGGGCUCAGCUCUUACUUCUGUUUGGGUUCUGUCAGCAGCUCACUGCAUAGGCGAGGAUUUCGACGAUUUAAUGAAAAAAAAUAAAGUAUUCGUAAGAUAUAAUAGCCAUUUUCCAAACAUCACAGGAUUUGUUACUCCUGUAACUAAGUUUAUAUCGUAUCCUGGAUAUAUUGAAUUAAGAAAAUCAAUAAAAAUGGGAGAUGUUGUUCUUAUACAUUGCGUUAAUAUAAAAAUAUCUCACUUCGGUCGAAUUAAUGCAGUAGAUUUUAAGUCUAUAAUAGGACAUGAAGCUCUUUCUCUAGGCUUUGGAAAGACUUGUGAAGAACAUACUACACAUUUGGAGCUGACUCCCGGAACCUCUGCAGCUAUUAUAUCACCAGUUAGCCCAGUGGUAGAUUGGAUUACAAAUAUUGUUUUGUCAAAGAAUCUAGUAGACGACAGUUGA